AUGUCAACAAAGAAGAGGCCGGGCGUGUCGACCGCUACCUCAGAAGCUGCUAGGCGGCAGCUAAUGCAGCCGGUGCUUUGCUGGGAGAGACGAUGGGUGAAAGCAGACCAGGCAGCCCCAGGGUCCAAUAUGAAGGUGUACAAGUGGGUACGGACGGAGAAAACGCAGCAAUUCAGCGAUGACGAAGGAGACGUGGACGAACCCUUAGCGCCUCUUCCGGACGAGCCAGAAACAGUGGAGGUCGACGAAGAACUCGAGGAAGUUGAAGGCACCGCUCCGCCUCCAUCUGCGCUUGCUACGGACACAGCGGCGCCAACGCCCAUCACGAAAUCUGCCGAGCCCUCUAAACCACCGUCACCGACGCCUAGACCUUCUGAGAUGGACAUCGAGAUAGCGACGCCCGCCGAGCAACUCGAUGUGUCUUUGGACCCUGAAGUCCUGGAACAAUCUCUGAAUCCGCCCGAUGCUUUGGAUGAAGCGCUCGCCCCACCCGGGGACGAAUAUGGCGCAACGAGCACGCUCGACGAUAGUCUGAGCAGCGUCGUGGAGGGUUUGAACCCGGAUGAUCUCAGCAACGUGGACCUUUCGGCUCUUCCACCGGACGGCAUGGCCUUCGAAGGCGCCCAUGAUCUGACGCGCAUAGAGCAAAUCGAGCCGACGGACGCCAUCCUCGGGGGGUCGAUGAUGGAUCAGUCUGGCGACCCCUUCGCUGAGCCGCGUGCGUGA